GUCGAGUGAACCUCAUUGUUUCGGAAAGUGAGUUGCCGGACAGAUGAUGGCGGACUUUUAGAUCUUUGGGCCUUGUUGGCGGUAUCCGGACAAUUGCCAGGCAACAGGCCACACUGAGGCGGCCGCUGCUGGCGUUCUUAGAGACCGUCCAUGCUACCGAGAUAAAAGCUCCGUGCGAUUCUCACGAUGUUAGUACCCGAUGUCUCCCAUGGGAGAGGAUGUUUGGCUGCAACGAGGCAACAAGAUUAGAAGCGGAGGAUGCUUUGGAACCCCUCCUUUCGGGAUUACGGGCAGGCACCCGUCGAGUUCCACGACAUCGGAUAUCCCGUCUUCUGGUGGUAAAAACCGCGACGUGCCCUCCGUGCCGCACCUUUUCGAUCAUCUUGCCAGUUCCCAUCUCAAGUUAUCCUCCAAGAGUUCGCACUAUCGACGAGAGCCUUGUCGUUUCUUCAACAUCGCAUUGCAAUCAGUACAACAACGCAACAAGGCAACGCCCCGCAACCAUGGCACUACGAUUCGACCCAGAGUACCAAGCCGCCAUCGCCGCCAGAGACAGUGGCGGAGGAGGUCCCGCCCCGCCAGCGCCAUUCAAAGACGUCUUUGAGCUCCGCGCCUUCUCGGAACCUAUGCUUCGCACCGUUCUCCGCGCGCAGCCGGCGCCGGACAACGUCUUCGAGACCCGGAUCCCGUUCACCUCGCACGACGGACAGGAAGUCGGGCUCUACCGCUUCGCCACCCAGGAGAUGAUUGACAGCCGCGAACCCCUGGCCGCCGUGGUAUACGUUCACGGCGGCGGCAUGGUCUCGUGCGAUGUGGAUAUCUUCAGUCCUCAGAUCAAGCGGUUCGUCGAGAUGGUGGGGAUGCCGUUCUUUGCGGUCGAUUAUCGGCUUGCGCCUGAGUUUCCUGAUGGGCUCGGCGCUGAGGACGUGUAUCUCGGGCUGAAGUACCUGUCUGAACACGCUGCGCGUUGGAACGUCGAUAACGGCAACAUCGUCAUCAUGGGCGACUCAGCUGGCGGCGGGCUCGCUGCCGGCGCGACGUUGAUGGCGAGGGAUAAGAGCCUGCAGCCGCCGUUGCGGAAGCAGGUCCUCGUGUACCCUAUGCUCGACGACCGCACCUCGGUACCCGAGAAGGCUGCGAUAUACCCCUUGUUAUCGUGGAAGGCGCAUGACAGCGUGCUUGCGUGGCGGGCUGUAUUGGGGGAUAAAGCUGGGGACCCGCGGCCCUCGGCGACGGAGGCCGGGAUCUCGCUGUAUGCUGCGCCCGGUAGGGCUUCGGUGGAGGAGUUGAGGGGACUGCCGAGGACAUAUGUUGAUGUGGGCGGGUUGGAUUUGUUUCGGGACGAAUGUGUUGAUUUUGUGAGGAGGCUUUGUGAGGCUGAGGUGGAGGUCGAGUUUCACUUGUGGCCUGGGUUGCCGCAUGGCUUUGAGAGUGCGCCUGGGAUUGGGUGGGUUAGGAGGGCUUUAGAGGCGAGGAAUGAUGCGCUGAGGAGAAUUUGAUGGCGUUCGUUUGGGGUUUGGGAUGGGAGAUGGGGUCGUGGAAGGAGGCCGGGGGGGACGUAUGAAGUGGGAAGGAGGAGGUGGUUGGUUUGGACUGGAUGAGAUUGACACUUGAGGAGCGUUUGUAGGGAUGAUCUGGGGUUGGAGGCUCUGGUAUUGCAGCAAGCUGUCUUCAGUGAGCUUUGCCGGUUGUGUCUGGCUCUUCGGCGCGGAUCGCGAUGUCUUCACGUCUCCGAACCUGAUGUUAGAUUAGCUGGCGUAAGCGUUUGCCGUCCCCUUUUACCAAUCUAAGAUAGUCAACACUAGUAAAU